AUGGGUUUAGGAUUAUUGUUAUUACAUACCAACGCGACGUUAGUAGUUGGUGAUAAUAUUCAUUCGAAUGACUUGGUCGAUCAAAAUGAAUACGAAAACAAUACCAACCCCUCAAUUGUCAAUCAGAGAAAACGUUGUAAUAGAAAACGUAAACGAAGACCUCAAUUUGCUGUAGACGAUAACAGCACAGGAGAAACUGCAAAUGUUUGGCACGACCAAGUAGCGGACGAAGAGUUCGUCCCAAUAGCUCCCUCAGUUAAUCUAAGAACUGACAGAAAUACCAGUUUACUAUCAAGAACGAAGAAACAACCUGCUGUUCGAGAACCCCUAGCCGCAUUAGAAAAAGAACAAAAACGUUAUGAAUUACGCGACAAAAGCAGACUUGAUACUUCAACAAUCAGUCCAUCAGAUAAAUCCUAUAGACGACCAUAUUCACAGGCUAAGAAAGAACUACAAACAGGGGCUACAACAGAUAUUCCUAGCACGAAUUUCGAACAAGGUACUGGAACUAAAAGUGCGAUUGAUCUUAAAAAUAUAUUGAAAAAUUCUGGAGGCUUAAGUUUAAGUGAAUUUUUGCAGCAAAAGAAUUUGUCUUUGGAUGAUUUACUCAAAGGGAAACAAAAUGCCUUAUUAGCAUUGCAGACGACGGCGGCAUCACCAGAAUUUACAGCAACAGCUGCUGCAGCAGACACGACGAAGCAAACAAAAACUUCUGUACGUAAAUUGGCAAGUGUUGCUCCUACUUUCAAUGCAACUUUGGCAAUAAAUUUAACGUCAACAACAGCAACUAACGGCAAUAGUACGUACAAAAAUUGGUUACAUAAUGACAGUGCAGAAACAACACAAAGACUUAAGGUGCUAACUACGCAACAACAAAGAUUAAAACUUUUUGACACUGCUUCCAGGAUAGCUUCAACAACAGCAACAAUUGCUAGUAGAAAUACUAUUACAACAAGGAGGCGUGAACAGCAUAAGAGUACGGCAACAACUAAGACCAGCACUACAGUGACAACAACACGAGUUCCACUCUACAAGAGAAGGCUGCAGUAUCGACCAACAUUAAAGCCACCAUUUUUACUGAAAUCAUCAAUUAUGCCUACAAUUGCAGUGGAUUUGCCAACACCUCCGGAGGUUGCUACUAUGACAGAAACUGUACAGAACAGCAAUGACACGACAGACAUUAACAAUACUCUCCACAACGAAGGUACAACAACUGAAGUAAUGCAACAGGAGGAGAGCCAAGAACAAAACGAGGAAGAGAAUCAUAUAACUAAUAUGACUAAAAAAUUGCCCACAUCUACCGAAGGAAUAAAAAAGAAAAAAAUAACAACAAGUAGAGGCACUUCACCAACAUUCACUAAGACAACUACAAGCACCACUAAUAACUACAAUAAUGUCAAGUCGAACAUUAAACUGAAGAAUAAAGAGCAUUCCAAAAAUUUUGAAGUUAAUUUCAUUGAACAACGUCAAGCAAAAUUGACAACUGCACCAGCAAACUCUGCUGCAGGCACUGAAGAUGAUGAUGAUGGUUUGGAAGACUUUUUCGAUGAGUCGACAACAAAAAUAAAAGAAGUCGUUUUGCAAAAUUAUACGCCAAGUUUUCGAAGUCGUGAUGUAGAAAAAACUACAACAGCUCGCACCGCAAAUGACAUAGAUACAAAUAAUAUAGACAACAUCGAUGAUCGCACAGAUUUACUUGAAUUAAUCGAGGACAGACGUUCUGGGAAUAGACUUUUUAAAGUACUAGAACAACGGAAUAUGACUCUCGAGGAAUUAAUCGAGCAUCGCAAACGCGGAGCGAGUCAACUGCAUCUCUCGAUGGUGUUGCAAAACAAUACAGGGCUUUUUCCCGGCCAGAAAGUCGUACUUCACGACAAUAUGGACAUUGUUACGGCAUUUGAAAAUUUUCCGCAUUUCAAUUUAGUAGAUCUGAAGAGCGUAAAACCUGAUGAUAUAAAAACCGACUCACAAGGCGCAAGUUACUUUACUUCCAUAACAGAUAUUGAGCCAACAGAUGAAGUAUAUAAAACCAGAGUAGAGAGCAGCAUAAAAGAUAACACCUUUAUCCCUACACAAAGAACAGACAAAUCACUUAGCUUCUUUCCUUCCUGGAAAAAUUUUGCUUUAACAACUCUUGACUCAGCACAAAGUGCGGACACAAAAAACAACCAGUUUUAUCUACCACAACCCAAACUACUGCUUGAAAGUGCUUCACAAGAACUGGGUGAUGAAAAUUUGGGCAACAACACAGAGAUAAGUUUUGAAACGGCAGCUUUGAUACCUACUAUGCAAGAUACAGUGGGAGCAAUUGAAAAUGAUGUAACACGUGCGCACGAUUUAGUUGAUUUGGAAUUGUCUGGACAUGGUUUCAAACGCAGUCCAGCUGCUGCAAUUUCAAUGGCAAACCAGCAAAAUGGCAAUAGUCUCUACAGCAACAUGCCAGCCGGUAUACGUUCAGCUAUUGUGGCCAGUACAGCGAUUGUGCUCACGGCACUAAUUACAUUUUUGGCCAUUUUUGGAGUGUGCCGUUGGAAGCAGCAUAGACUACGUAAAGCAAAGUAUCUUAAAACCUAUAAUACAAUGAAGAGUAAACUGCCUACGUUGGGGGUAACAGCAGCAGCAACACGUCGCUCUUCUUCACGCAAUAUGGAGGAAAUGAUGGGAUGCGUUUCAACUAUAACAACGACGCCAAACCAGAAACUUCAACGUCAGAGCUCAUUACUAUUUGCACAAAUAAACAAUGAAACACGGGCCACUUCCUGCCUGGAUGGCAGUUGCACAAAUACUUUAAAAAGCGGAGAGGGCCGAAGAUCAAGACGUAAUAGUAUUGGCAUAGGAAGUGCGACAAGUUCAACAACUUCAUUAGCGCUAUCGCUGUGUAGUGCGCAUAAUAUUUCGGCGACCAAAUUGAAUACAAUGGACACAAAUUCACCAGAAGUGCAAGAAUAUCUCUUCGACACAUUACGAAAGUCUUUUUGAAAUAUUCCUUAUUUUAAUUU